UUCGUGUACGAGAAUGCCGAGAAUAUUGGCGCCGACGCAUCCCGGAUUACUGCUUGGGGACUGAGUGCUGGUGGCGCAGCCGUGGGACAAUUAGCACUCAGCCCAGUGUCAAGAGAUUACAUUACGCGAUCAAUCGAGAUGUCGGGGUCGCCGUGGGCGGCUUGGGCGCUGGGACCAAACGUGCCUACCUACUCUUUGGAACUUGCUGAGGGACUCGGAUGCAAUGGUGAUCUUAAGAACUGUAUGAAGCAAAGGACCGUUGAAGAGAUCUAUGAUGCUGUUGAAAAUGUGUGGGGUCCGGUGAUCGACGGUGAAUUCCUACAAGAUCCGGACGAGAUGACUGCCACUGCACCACCAAAGGACUCGAUCAUAGGCAUUUCGGACAAGGAGGCUGCAUUUUUCACCAUAAAAGCACGUUCCCCGUUCAUCAACGAAUUUGGGGUGCAGCUCGACGAGUUUCGAACGUGGGACCGAGAGAAGCUGAUAGCGACUAUUAAGGAACUGAUUCGGCCCGAGUUCUUCGCUGAAAAUUGGGAUAAGGUAGUUGACGAAGUUGUUGCUCACUAUGUUGACAGAGAUGAGGAAAACGCAUAUGAUUUUUAUCUUGACAGAUACACUGAGGUCAUCAAGCGAUGUGAUGUUCAAUGUGCCAGCACGCGUCGUGGACGAGGCUGGAACCUUUUUGCAUAUUCAUUCAAUCACUACAACAAGGCAAUAUGGCCUGAUGAAAUCCCGGAAAGAUUGAAAGGUCCGAUUAUCAAAGAGAGUGAGCAAGUGCAAUAUCCUGGCAUACAUUAG